AUGCAGCUUUCAUUCCUCCUCGUGCCCCUCCUGUCCCUCACGGCCCUGGCCAAGGACCACAACGGAGGCGACCGCAACUCGACAGAGGCUCAGUGCAAGCGCUUCCUGAAGGAAGAAAAGUUGGUCAAGAUUGCCAGCAACGAUACUCUCCUGGCAGAGCUUACGAACAACAACGCCACGAAGAUCGAAUCCAUUAAGAAGAAGGCGGCUGAGGUCCAGCCCUUGAUCGACCAGGCCAAGCAAAAUGCGACCUUGAUGACAACUUGCGACCAGAUCCGUGCCGUUCAGCAAGAGAACGGACAGUGCCGCUUCAUGAACCGCAUGGACAAGCUGCAAAAGCUGGUUGCCAAUGAGACUGCCCUGAACGAAGUCACCAAGAACAACGCUACCAAGGCCGACAAGCUCAAGCAGUGGGCCCAGAAGGGCAUGGCCAAGCUCACCGAACUGCAGGGAAACCAGACUCUUCUUCAGUACUGCUCGGCACAAACCACCAAGGGGGAGUGCAAGAUGAUGAACAAGCUGAACAAGCUCAUUGCUCUCUCAAAGAACGACACCGCCUUGAACGAGAAGUUCAACGGUAACACCACCAAGAUUGAGAACUUCAAGGCCAAGGCCGCCAAGAAGGAGGCCAAGCUCAACGAGAUGAUGAACAACUCAACGCUCAUGGGUGUUUGCCAGCAACUCAAGGCCGGCAAGGGUGGCAAGGGCGGCACCAACAACAGCCAGAACGGCAUCGACAGCGGCGCCGCCGGUGUCAGAGCUGCCGGUGCUCUCAGCCUGGCUGCCGUCGUCAGCGUUGUUGUCGGCUUGCUGAUGUAA